GUUUCAGCCUAAUAUGGAUGAGAAACAUCCAACUUAUAUAGUCGACGCCUUCACAAGUCACCGAUUUGCCGGAAACCAAGCCGCUGUUUGUUUGAUUGAAAGGGAACUGAGAGAUGACGAAUAUUUGAGCAUCGCCGCGGAAUUCAAUUUAUCUGAGACGGCAUUCCCUAUUCCAGUCGGUGGUGACUACAAAACUGCGAACAAAUUUACGCUGCGGUGGUUCACUCCCACCACCGAAGUCCCUUUAUGUGGACACGCUACCCUAGCGACAAGCCACGUUUUGUUCAACGAAGUAGGAAACCAGUCAAACCAAAUCACCUUUGCCACACGGUCCGGCAAUCUUAAAGUGCGAAAGAAAGACGGGGGACUUGUUGAGAUGGAUUUUCCACAAUUUGGCAUAACAACCGUACACUUCUUGGGCGUGCCGAAUGUUCUCGUUAAAUAUUUCUCGGAAUUCGAUGCUCCAUCGUUUCUUCAUCACUUGAUUGAAUGCCUUAUUCCUUCAACAAUCAGUGUCAGGGGUGUUGCGUAUGCUAGCGAAGCCAAGAAAGUAAUUAUAGUGGUUGACAAACACACCACAAACCUUGAACUUGCUGAGAUUAGCACCGCAAAGUCUGAGAAAAUGAGGGCAUUGGAUCCUGAUGGAAAUUUUGUGCGUGGCGUCAUCGUCACUCUUGCUCCAGCUAAAGCAGAAGCUCAGGGCUUCACAGACUCUCAAGAUGAACCGUAUGACUACAUAUGCCGUUAUUUUGCUCCUUGGGUCGGCAUUACUGAAGAUCCAGCUACAGGCUCCGCUCAAUGUGCACUCGCUCCUUUUUGGUCGCCCAUUUUGGGAAAGCGCAAUUUAUACGCUUAUCAGUUAUAUCCCAGCCGUGGUGCGCAGUUCAGGGUUGAAGUGAGGGAUGCAAAUAGAUUGGCCUUAUUCGGGCAAUCGGUAACAGUUCUAAAAGGAGAAUUAUUUUUGAAUGAAGCAGUAUUCUAUUAACACUUUCUGUUAUCUUAGCUCUACCUCCU